CCUGCGUGAAGGGGCGGUGGCAGGGGCGGCGCCGCGGGGAGCCGGCGGGCACCGCGCGGAGGCGGCGGGCGGGGCCGAGCGGGGGGCGCUGGCCGAGAUGACUGACAGGCGGCGCCGGGGCAGCCCGGCCGCCGUUUGGAAACAGCAGUUGGCGCCGCCCGGUUUCCCCGCCGGCCUGACGCGGCGGCCCGGGAGCGCGCGAGUCGAGCGGUCGCGGGCUCUCGCUCCGCUGCGGAGACGCUGCGGCGGCCGGGGCACCCGAAGGGGAGCCCAGCAUGUCGCUCCCUCCAGAGAAGGCGUCCGAGCUGAAGCAGCUCAUCCACCAGCAGCUGAGCAAGAUGGAUGUCCAUGGCAGGAUAAGAGAAAUCCUUGCUGAGACCAUACGGGAAGAACUGGCACCUGAUCAACAACAGUUAUCAACCGAAGAUUUGAUCAAAGCGCUUAGACGCCGGGGAAUCAUUGAUGAUGUGAUGAAAGAACUUAAUUUUGUUACUGAUAAUGUUGAUCAAGAUCUCCCUUCCUCUCCAAAACAACCUGUUGGCUUUACUGAUAAACAAUCAACGUUGUUAAAAAAAACUAAUAUUGAUCCAACACGGAGGUAUCUUUACCUUCAGGUUUUGGGUGGAAAAGCUUUCUUGGAACAUCUGCAAGAACCUGAGCCUUUACCAGGACAAGCUUGUUCAACCUUUACUUUAUGUUUACAUUUUCGAAAUCAACGUUUUCGUUCUAAACCUGUUCCAUGUGCCUGUGAACCAGAUUUUCAUGAUGGCUUUUUACUUGAAGUACACAGAGAAAAUUUAGGUGAUGGAACUAGAAUGGCUGAUUCAACAACAAUGUUAUCAAUAAGUGACCCAGUUCAUAUGGUGCUAAUCAAAACAGACAUAUUUGCUGAGACCACUUUAGUAGCAUCCUAUUUUCUUGAAUGGCGAUCGGUUUUGGGCUCAGAAAAUGGAGUGACCAAUCUUACUGUGGAACUUAUGGGUGUAGGCACAGAAUCAAAAGUUUCUGUGGGAAUUUUAAAUAUAAAACUUGAGAUGUACCCACCACUCAAUCAAACAUUAUCUCAGGAAGUAGUGAACACACAGCUUGCUUUGGAACGUCAGAAAACUGCAGAGAAAGAGCGGUUAUUUCUUGUGUAUGCUAAGCAGUGGUGGAGAGAAUAUUUGCAAAUUCGACCCUCACACAAUUCACGGCUGGUUAAGAUUUUUGCACAGGAUGAAAAUGGGAUAAAUAGACCAGUCUGUUCUUAUGUUAGACCACUUCGAGCUGGGAGGCUUCUGGAUACUCCAAGGCAAGCAGCAAGAUUUGUUAAUGUCCUUGGUUAUGAAAGAGCCCCUGUUAUCGGAGGAGGAGGUAAACAGGAACAGUGGUGCACUCUGCUGGCCUUUCUCUGUAGAAACAAGGGAGACUGUGAAGACCAUGCCAACCUCCUGUGCAGCCUCCUUCUCGGAUAUGGGCUGGAAGCCUUUGUCUGUGUUGGGACAAAGGCCAAGGGAGUGCCCCACGCGUGGGUUAUGACGUGUGGGACUGAUGGAACCAUCACUUUUUGGGAGAGUUUAACAGGACACAGGUACCUCCACAAACCUACCAAUCCUGAUGAGCCUUCAGCUGCUGAACAGCCCAAACCGUUGUACCCGUAUCGAACAAUCGGUUGUGUUUUCAAUCAUCAGAUGUUCCUGGGAAACUGUCAGCCCUCUGACUCAGUAGAAAGCUGUGUGUUUGAUUUGAAUGAUGAGUCCAAAUGGAAACCCAUGAGUGAGGAAGCAAUUAAAUCCGUGUGUGCUCCAGGGGCUACCACGUCGCUCCCUCCCUUCCCUCCGCUGUGUGCGUCCACGAUCGAUGCUUCGGUAACAAGCAAUGAAAUUGAAAUGCAGCUCAGGCUACUCGUGUCGGAACACAGGAAGGAUCUUGGCCUCACUACUGUUUGGGAAGACCAGCUUUCCUAUCUUUUAUCACCAGCUCUGGCAUCUUAUGAAUUUGAGCGUACAACCAGUAUAUCUGCAGGCAAUGAAGAAUUUCAGGACGCCAUCAGGAGGGCUGUACCUGAUGGUCACACAUUUAAAGGGUUCCCGAUACACUUUGUGUAUAGAAAUGCCCGGCGCGCCUUUGCCACAUGUCUUCGGUCUCCUUUCUGUGAAGAAAUAAUCUGUUGCCGUGGAGACCAGGUGCGACUGGCAGUUCGUGUCCGAGUGUUUACUUACCCUGAAUCUGCAUGUGCUGUUUGGAUCAUGUUUGCUUGUAAAUAUCGCUCGGUACUAUAGGACUAACUAACAUUUCUAUAAGAAUAUACCUGUAUUUUAUUGGAAUUUUACACAUUGUAUUGAUACAUUACUAGCUGUUUAGAGGUUCAUUAUUUUAAAAAUUACAGUCUGGCUUGGAUGUCAUAUUUCACUUGUGUAUAUACCUAAUAAUGUUUGAAAAAAAUCAUGAUGUGUGUAUUUAAAAAUUAAGGAUGAAAAACUUAUAUAAAUCUGAGUGGAAGUUAGUAUAAAUUAAGUGUGUAUCCUAUUUUAAUAAAUGCUACUUUGUUUAUAGGUAGUCAGUAGUUUAAAUAUGAAUAUAAAAUUUACUCAGUUUUCUUUACAUUAACAGGUAAUCAGAAAGUUAUUUGUCUAAGGGUUUGAGCCAUAGUAAAAUUAAUAUGAUUAUUAUUUUUCAUAGAUUAAUGAGAUUAUUUUAUAUAAGUUAGGAGACUUUAACUUCACAACAGAUUUAUUUAUUGCAUAGGUGAAAAUACAUUUUGAUGAAUUUACCACUUUUGUGGUUUACCCAUAACCAUAGGGGUAUUUGUGACUUUCCAGACAGUUAUGGGAAGAUAUGGAUGCAGGAGCAGGGAAAAAACUAGUACCAGAAAAGCAUAAAUAUUAGUAACAAAACAAACUGCACUUGAAAGUACACAAAUAAUUUAUAAAUAUUUGUUAGUUUGAUUCAUUAUAAAAGUGAAUUGGGUAUUUUAUUUUAUUUUUAUUUUAUUAUUAUUUUUUGUGGUAUGCGGGCCUCCCUCUGUUGUGGCCUCUCCCGUUGCGGAGCACAGGCUCCGGAUGCUCAGGCCCAGCGGCCAUGGCUCACGGGCCCAGCCGCUCCGCGGCAUGUGGGAUCCUCCCAGACAGGGGCGCAAACCCGGUUCCCCUGCAUCGGCAGGUGGACGCGCAACCACUGCACCACCAGGGAAGCCCCCCUGAGUUGGGUAUUUUAGAAAAAACUUAUACCCUUUUGUUAUGAUGUUGAGAAAUUGUUUUCUGUAAUUGAUAUUGGCAGUCUGUUGCUGGCUGAUUUUCUGUGGUCAGAGGAUUCAUUACUAGCCUCUCAUGGAGUCCAUCUUCUGAAACCACAGUUUGUGGUAAAAACAUCUAUGUAUAUGUGACAAAUCUAAAUCAGAAUUGUGUGUGAGGCCACUGAAAAAUAAGCCUCUGUGAGCAUCUCCAUGCCGAUGUUUGGUUUUAAAUUGAGCACAGUGAGCGUUGAAGAAAGAGGCUGUAGCAGUUUGACUGUAAGAAGCUGCCUGACGGAUUACUUUGCAGGUCCGUCAGCCUGUCUGCACAGCUCUCGGUUCAGUUUCUUCUCCCUCUGGGCUUCUUAGGAAAGUGACUGUGUACUGUUGGCUGUGCAAGUUAUUCUUUUCAUCACUUUAAUUCACCAUCACAAAUAAGAUGAUAUAAUGUUUUAAAAAUUAAAACCUAAAGAUAUCCUAAAAUUUACUUUUUGUUUUAUUUUUACGUAUGGUAACUAUUUAUGAUUUCACUUGUUUAAAAAGUCUGAAAAUAUCCCUCCUAUAUCAAUUUUUAUUGAAAACAAUCAGGAGUUUCUUGAGAGACUGACUUGACUUUAGAGGAUUAGCGAGAUAUGAGUUAGACUUUUACUCUGUUGCUGCUGUUACUCACAAAGCUAUUGACAGAGAAGUGUCUUGUAGUUUUCAACUUCUGGAACAAACUCUUUAUGAGGCACAUACUAAGAGGCAGGCAGAUUGUAUAAUAUAUGAGAUCAAGGCUGUGUUGUCUUUGAGGCUGGGCUUUCUGCCUUAUUGUGCCAGAGUAACACAGGUACUUAUAAUGCGCCUUUGGUGUAAAUUCUAAAAUAAAUUUCCUUUUUAUGCACUUUAAUAGAGUCUGGCAUGAGUUAAUAUUUUCCUUUAAAGAUGGUUUAUUUCCAAAUAUUAUUUCAGUCCUUUUAUCACUAGAAUUCUGCUAUUCUUCUUACUA